UUUCUCCGACGUGUCGAGGACGUUUUUAACAGCACUCGCAGUGUGUAUAACCUGCCAAAGAAUCAAGCCGCACGUCUACGUCAAUGUGCAGCUAUACACAAUAUCGACUUUCAUGAUUUAAAUGCCUAGCGACACUGUUUUUAGUUCCGUUUUAGCAGAAAACCGGAUACGACCGCAGGCUCCGCCGUCUUCUUUAGUGUAGCUGUCACCAGAAUGGACGUGACUCCUAGAUAAAAAACAACAACAAGGAAACAACAAGUCAUGUCUGUGGCUUCUCUGCUGCCUCUCCUGGUCGGGACAUUGCUGCCCCAGCAAGCCUCCUCGGACUUCUCUGUCCACACGACCCGGACAGGUGUGGAAGUAGACGGAGGGUCCUUAAACGCCUCACUGGCCGUCACGUCCGAGACAAACAACGACGACGAGUGCGAUAAUGUGAUGAACGUCAGCGCUGCAGACCGCUGUGCAUUCGUCAAGAGCACACCCGACUGCAGCAUUGAAGAUGGCUUCAUCAACUAUCUUCAAGUGGCCUUCUGUCUGCUUCCUCCCAACCUCACACCCCUCACAGUCAUUCUAUGUAUUAUAUGGCUGUUCUUUUUGUUCGUCAUACUUGGCCUCAUCGCAUCUAAAUUUUUUUGUCCCAACCUGUCAGCCAUCUCCACAAGUCUGCAUCUCACGCACAACGUAGCUGGCGUGACUUUCCUUGCUCUUGGUAAUGGAGCUCCGGACAUCUUCAGUGCCAUAGCGGCGUUUUCCCACCCUCACACCGCUGGGCUGGCAGUCGGAGCAUUAUUUGGCGCCGGUAUAUUUGUCACUACGGUUGUCGCGGGCAGCGUGGCCCUGGUCAAACCUUUCGCCGUAGCCUCCCGUCCUUUCUUGCGUGACGUCAUCUUCUACAUGGUGGCGGUGUUCUGGACUUACCUCAUCCUGUACAGAGGAACAACCACUCUGGGAGAAACACUGGGGUACCUGGGCCUCUAUGUAGUGUACGUCUUGACAGUCAUCAUCAGUGCCUACAUCUAUAGCCGACUAAAACGUUUGCGCAGUGCAUCGCUCGACGGUGUUGCACAUAUUCAAGCAGCCUUUGAGUCGUCGGACACGUACGACGACGACGUUCCCUGUCUGCUAGCUGGGACGGAUCAACAGGAAUAUGAGUCUGAGUACAGGCCACUCCUGCAAUACACCGAGUCCACUCGCCAGAUCUUGCUCAGCUCCAUCAACCCAGUGGACAACAGGAAGUGGAGGAGGAAAAACUGGAAGUGGAGAGUCCUCAAAGUAUUGAAGACCCCUGUGGAGGUCGUGCUGUUGCUGUGCAUCCCCGUUGUGGAUCACGAUAAAGAAGACAAGAACUGGAGGCGACCUCUGAACUGUCUUCAUCUGGUCACGGGCCCGCUCACGUGUGUCCUCGCCUUUCAGUCUGGAAUUUUUGGAGAUUAUUUGAUUGGGGGCCAGUUUCCUCUGUGGCUGCUCACUCUCCUCCUGGGACUCUUCCUUUGUGCCAUCGUGUUCUGCAGCACCACCAAUGAGUGCGCCCCCAGAUAUCACUCAGUCUUCGCUCUUUUGGGCUUCGUGGUGAGCGCAGUGUUGAUCAGCGCGGCGGCGUCCGAAGUGGUCAGUAUUCUGCACAUGCUCGGCGUGGUGCUGAGUCUCAGUAACACUGUGCUGGGCUUGACUCUGCUGGCGUGGGGCAACAGCAUAGGAGACUGUUUUUCAGACAUCACCCUCGCACGGCAAGGUUACCCGAGGAUGGCCAUAUCGGCCUGCUUUGGGGGCAUCAUUUUCAACAUGUUAUUCGGGGUGGGGUUGGGCUUGCUGGUGCAGAGGAUCAAAACACACUCUGAAGUGCAGCUGGAACCAGAAGGACUGCUGACAUGGAUACUGGCAGGUUCUCUGGGUUUGUCUUUGGUGCUGUCUUUUGUCAUCGUUCCACUGAGCCACUUCCACUUGGGUCGACCCUAUGGCAUUUUCCUCCUCAUCUUCUACUCCGUUUUCCUCAUCAUUGCUCUGCUCACGGAGUUUGGCAUCAUCUAAGCGCCGUAUAGACGCCAGCCUCACAUGAGGGAUGUGAAAAGGACACUGGAACCAUCGAACCAAUGUUUUUAUACUCAACUUGACUGCUAUCUACAACCAUGCUGUGUUUUAUUUAUGGAACAAAGCAGUUUUUACUUGAGAAGGCCAGAACACGAUUGUGUUGGCAAUGUGGGUGUCCAAAGAGAGGACACGUGUAAAGUCAAUUCAGCAUUUCGUCUUUUAAACUAUGCAAUAACUUAAUGUACUGUACAUGACAAUCAAGUUAUUUUAGUGUAAUUAAAUAUGGGGACAACACUAUGCCUUUCACAUAUUGUUACAUUUCAUCAUUUUUAAUACUGUUCAAAUGUUACCACCAGCCAAAAAUGCUUCAAUGCCUUUCUGAAAGGUUUAUUAAAAUCUCUUUACUCAGUCAAGUACAGCACUAAUGUACUAGUUCUAUAAAAGUAGAAUGUUUUCAGUAAGUGCUUGUGGAGUUAAGCUAAAAAAAAAAGCACUGUUUAUAUUUGUACAUGUUUGUUAUUCUUUGUGUGUGUCGACUCUAAUAACACGACUACUUUAAGGCAUCAGGUUGAAAUACAUAAUUUACAAACACCAACUCCAAAGAAGUUGAGGCACUGUGUUACAGAAAUACAAUAUAAUUUAAUACAGUACAAACAGAGACAAACGGAUCAUUUUCAUUGGUUUUGGUUAAUAUACAAUACUUAUUCUGCCUUAAUGUUUAGGAAUUAAGGAAUUUUGAAUGCAUUGACACAUCGCAAUGAUAUUGCUACUUGGAUUCACUUUGGAAAACUGUUGCGAGUACACGAAUGUCAAAUGUUAAGCUGUUGCAGAAAUUACUUAGUUAUAAUUGACACUUUCCAUAGCACCACAACAUUGUUUAAGUCAUGUUUUUUUACAAGAGGUCACAAAAGACCUCCAGCAUUACAUAUGUACAUUGCACACUAUGAGAAUUAUUAAUCCUUCGGCUCCUUCCGUAAGGUUAAUUGCUGAGCUGCUGUCCCUUGCAAAUGUGCCGCUUGUCCUGAGAGAAGCCACUGCGUCCUCACCUCGCAUCACUUGACCAGCUU